GCCCCUUUAAACUUUGAGCUACUCAUUACCCCCGUACCUUUGUCUUUUAUUUGCCAUAACUAUAAACUAUAAACUAUAAACUAUAACCUAACACCUCUAAUCUUAUUUUAUUUAUUUUUACAACUUCAAGAACUCUAGAUCUGACCCUACUACCAACAUAUACCUAUCUUCCGCCGUAUAUCAGUUGCCAAUUCUGUAAUCUGCUGUCUCGUAAUCCCGUCAAGCUAUAUAUAAUUCAAUAUAAUCGACACUCCUAUAGAUAUACGACCGUACCUAGGAUCUAUAUAAGAUGCCGAGACGUGGUCACAAAGCACGCGCUGCGCCAAUCAAAGGGGGGUGGAACUUGCCUCAUGGUAUGGGUGUUUCGUUGAUAGCUAAGAGUCAAGAGGCACAGUCUCCUAUUCCAACACCCCCUAUUGCGGAGUCACCGCAUUCCACCGAGUCGUAUCCUGUCGGCGAGUCAUCAUCUUCCCUAGAUUCGACACCCACAACUGUAGCUCCUACUCCCGAAACAGUUACAUCGGAAUCAGCGCAAAAUUCCCUUUCGACAGCCCGAUCUACUGAGCUUAGUAUAGUCAAAAAAGAGACCACGCCUCAGAGCACUAGACGGAAGAUCAUCAUCAAGAUCAAGGUCCCAAAACAAAUCGAUGUAGAUGAAGUUCUACAGUCUAAUAAGAAACUCGCCUUGGAGCCUAAGGAGGUCGACGAAGAGUAUAAUGUAAAAAGUAUUGACGCGGUUGCCGUACAGUAUACCGGACGGCAAUUACGACCAAGGAAACCAAAGCCAGUACCCGAAGUAUCAAACGUCAAAGAGGACAAUCAUGAUUCUGCUGUGUUGGAUCAGAUUCCCUACGAGCAAAUUGAUAAGGGAUUAUCCAAAAAGCGAAAGCGAGAAUCCAAGACUAACCUUGCCGCGGCCGAUGAAGGAAUCAAUGCUGAUAUUCUCUUGCCGGAACCGAAGAAGACGAGAACUCGGGCUGCAAAGACGAACGAGGGAAAUUCACAAAGUAUAGCCAAGAAGACGAAGGAUAACCGAUACGGUCUGAUGCCACAAGGCGAGAGCCCUUUUCCUGAGUGGCUAGCACCAAGCAACGAACAAUGCGAGGAAGUUCACCGUUUGCUUACAGAGAUGCAUGGCGAGGUCAAUGCGCCUCAAGUCAUUUCUGCCCCUUCACUCGAGGUAAUGGGGUGCGGUGAGGUCCCCUCCGUAUUGGACGGAUUACUUAGAACUCUUCUAAGUGGUGCUACAAGAAUUGAGCAUAUAGACAUGACGUUGAUACCCUUGGCUGAGAAAUACGGUGUGUCAAACGAAGGAGUCGGAAAAGAGAGCAUAAACUGGGAUAAUGUCAGGCUCGGAACUUAUCAGGAGUUGGUUGAUGCACUUUACUCCGGGGGAUUGGCAAAUAUCAAGGCCAAGCAUAUUAAGGCUAUUCUCGAUACAGUAUACCAGGAGAACGUGGAGCGACGGGAAGCCCAUUGCCAAACCAAAUCCGAUACACUUGAAGAGAGGGAGACGAAUGAACAAAAAGGCGCCAAGGUCCGGGAGACAGAUUCGGAUGAGCUCUCCCUUGAACACCUCCGUGGCUUAUCGAAACACGAAAUCCUAAAAGCACUCACGAAAUAUCCCGGGAUUGGCGUUAAGACUGCGGCAUGCGUCAUUCUCUUCUGCUUUCAAAUGCCCUGCAUUGCUGUCGACACUCACGUCUAUAGAUUUUCCAAAUGGCUUGGAUGGGUACCAAAAAAUGCCAGUAUUACCGACGUCUUCAGUCAUCUCGAAGUCCAUUGUCCGGACCAUCUUAAGUAUGGCUUACACCAGUUAUUUAUCCGACAUGGACAGCGUUGCGGCAAGUGUAGCUCAAGCACUGCCGAGGGAACAGCAGAUUGGGAUUUGCUUCCCGAAUGCCCUUUAGAGAGCCUCCUUGAUCGCUAUGAUAAGAAACAGUCAAAGGCUAAGUCGAAGUUGGCUAAGGAAAGCAAAUCGAAAGAUGAGGAAGAAGAUAAAAAGGGAGAGUGAGAAGAAUCUAUUAUUGACGAGUCCUAAUAUCGCCAACAGCACUGAUGUGGCGUCGAUUCAAUGUAUCGGGGCUGUGCUUUCUCUAUCGGACUACCAUAUGCCAUUUAUCGGAGCGGGUGUUUUCAUUUAUUUGCUUGUCCAAAAUGCUAUCCUGGGAGAAAGAGUUAGGUGGAUUGAUUUAUAUUACACAUUUGCAGGUUCGCAACAUGAUCAACGACAAUGGGGCAUCCAAAUAGAAUAGGAUUGCAGAGGUAGCUAGCUGCUAGAUGCAAAGAUGCGAUGGGAUUAUCUACUAAUUUAAAGCAUUAAAAAUUGUGGCAUAUUCAAAUGGCAUAUUUUAUGUGAUAUGGGUUGUAGGACUGUCGUGCAUAGAGGGGAAUCGGGGCAGCUUAUUGAAUCUAUUCCCAC